GGUGGAAGGGAAAAAAACGCGCUCGGCACGUUGAUGGAGGAAUAUUAUCCAGCUAAUCGAGCUGUAGUAGCCUGCUGUGGAGCGUCAAUGAGGAGUUCACCACCACAGCAGCAGCAGAGAGAGAGAGAGGGUGACAGAGAGAAAGACAGAGAGGGGGGGAGACUCAUUGAUCCACAUUGUUGCAGCGGUGCGGCGCAUCUAAACUCCUCCCGGUCAUUGCGCGGACAUCAUGUGGCCAACAACAGCCUGACAGGCGCACCGCUCACUGUGGGACCCUAUAUAAGCUCUGCAGCUGUCAGGUGGAGGACACUGGCUGCUUUGCGCUAGGGGACGACUCGCUUUAAGGGAAUUGCGGCACUAGAUACUCACAGAUCCAAACUGUAACCAUGUCUCAUGCUUGGGGAUACGCAGCAAACAACGGACCCGACAAAUGGUGUGAUAACUUCCCAAUUGCCAAUGGACCCCGCCAGUCUCCCAUUGACAUCGUCCCUGGCGCAGCAUCUUUCGACGCGGAGCUGAAGCCGCUCAACCUGAAGUACGACCCCUCCACCUGCCUCGACAUCCUCAACAACGGACAUUCCUUCCAAGUGACCUUCGCAGACGACUCCGACAGCUCAACUCUGACAGACGGGCCCAUCACAGGAACCUACAGGCUCAAGCAGUUUCAUUUCCACUGGGGAGCUUCUGAUGACAAGGGCUCCGAGCACACCGUGGACGGAACCAAGUACCCUGCUGAGCUCCAUCUGGUGCACUGGAACACCAAAUACCCCAGUUUCGGUGAGGCUGCUAGCCAGCCUGAUGGGCUCGCUGUUGUUGGAGUAUUCCUGCAGAUUGGUGCUAAAAAUGCCAAUCUCCAGAAGCUUCUGGAUGCCUUUGAUUCCAUCAAGGCCAAAGGCAAGCAGACCACCUUCGCUAACUUCGACCCUGCCACCCUGCUCCCCGGCAGCCUAGACUACUGGACGUACCUCGGCUCCCUGACCACGCCCCCUCUGCUGGAGAGUGUCACCUGGAUUGUCUGCAAAGAGCCAAUCAGCGUCAGCUCCGAGCAGAUGGCCAAAUUCCGCAGCCUGCUCUUCUCUGCAGAGGGUGAGGCCGAGUGCUGCAUGGUCGACAACUACCGUCCUCCCCAGCCGCUCAAGGGUCGCCCUGUCCGUGCUUCCUUUAAGUAAAAAUACCCCCUCCCCCUCUACUACCCUGUUUGCCCUUUUACCCUCUAUCCCCUCCCCCCUCCCAACAGUCAGACACCCACAGAUACCUCUCUAGCAGUGAGCAACAAAGCACACAUAUCUCUCUCCGUCCUAUUUUUUUUUUUUUAAAUGAUAUUCCUUUUAUACCCAUUGCUGUUAAAGCUGGGCAGUCUAGCUGUGAGGUGAAGCCCUUCCAGGGUUUGCAUCUCUGUCUUUAUGUAUGUAAGCCAGCAACGAUGCCCUGUCAUAAUUUGUUUUGUAAGACAAACACUUCACAGUGGCUGCAACACAUUUCAGAGACAUUGCACCAGUGUGUGCCGGUCGUCGCUGUCCAAACACCGAUGGUGGGAUGGAACGUGAAGAUAGUCAAAAUGGUGCUCUCGAGUCAGCAGAGAGCCGGCUGCAGUAAGGCCGGGGGAGGAUGAAACUAUCACCAUCUGUGAGGAGGGUACGGUGCAGAAUUAAAAAAACAGCACACAGGAAACUCUCCCCCUGCCAGUCCGUCUGUAAUCUCUGACCGACUGCCAGCCUCUGCAUCACAGCAGCUUAAUGAAACGCUGCAGCCGCCUCCAUCACAACCGAUUGACUCAGAAAUCCCCCUCUGGCACACACACACACACACAAACACACAAACAACACACACACACAACACACACACACAGUCUCAUGCAAUGAUGCCUAUAGGCACUGACCUGCUUAUUGAUUCAAAUUCAGUGUAAGGACACGAGGACAGACUGCUGCUGCCAGCUACCCAACAUCAAAACAGCGGCUUACUUCUGUUUUUACGGCCUAAUCUUCAAAUGUGUUUGUCAUCCCGUGUCGUGUUUUUAUUAUUAUUAUAGAUUAUGUCUUUUUUUUCUUCUUUUUUUUGCCUGAGAGCUUAUGCAAAAUAAGUCUUAAGUGAUUCCUAAAUUAUGUUUUGUAACCAAAAGGUCAUCUCCGUUUAUUUUUUGUUUUUUUUUUUUGUUUUUGAUGAACUGAUAAUAUAGCAAUAGCGAGGAAUGAGCCUCCCUUUUUGAAAUUUGAAAAUGUGCAAAGAAAAAUCCCUUCACGUGUUGUUUUGUUGAGUGCUAAAGCUUGAAACGCACAAUCGCCUCGCAGGGGUGAUGCCAUAGUGGCUCAUGCACAAAGCCAAGGACGAAAAAUUAACCCUGCCAAGGAAAAGCCAAGAAAGACGAGAAACCUGCCAACAGAUUAUAGUGUCAGCCUGGAGUCAGGCCCUGUUUAGGACAGCAACUAACGAAAGGCACCUUGAGGGCCUGAACUCCUCUGCUUGUAGCCCUGUAUGCAUCUCUGAAAUAAUAAUGAAGAUUGACAAAAGUUGUGUAUUUUCCAGAAAGAUUGUAAUUAACGGGGGAAAAAAAAGAAAAAACGCCUUAUGCCAAUCGCUUGUUAGGGCCGUCCAAUGAGUAAGUGUCGUUGUCAUUCUAUUUUGGAAGUGGAUGUUUUACUAGUUGAAUAAAUAUAUUUUAUGACUAUAACAA